AUGACUUCCGUGGCUCCUUCUUCUACACACCAUGGUUCCCAGAUUCUCCUAGUCCUGCUUUGCUCAGACCUCGCCAACAUGCAAGACCUCUAUACCACGAUCGAAAAGACUGCUUUGGCGUUCGUGUCAUCUAUUGGUGAGGAAAGCCACGAAAAGUAUCUCGCUCCGGGCUUUGAGACCACGUAUGGUCCACUACAGCAAGAGAUUCCACUCGAUACUUCGCUUGUUCACCUCGAAAACACCACCUACAAGAAUUACUACAAAUCCGAGCUGGAUAAAUUCUCCAUUGAUUCUAACAAGCGUCUCCUGGACAGCUCGGUUGAUCCCAAGAAGCGUAAAGCUUGGCUAUGGUAUCAGCUCGAACUCCAGAACGCAGGAGAAUUGUUGGGCUCGCCAUACGAAAAGGUCGUCAUGGAAGUCAUGUGGCUGAUCGACCUCACCGAGGAUGGCAAGAAGGUGCUCAGAUGCAGACAAUACCUCGACACUAUCGGCUGUGAUGCAUUUUUCCCUGACCAGGCAGAUGCCGCGCAGGCCAGCUUUCCCACGCCAGGGCCUAGUGAAGGUGUCAGUACGCAAGAGUCGUUGGACGCGCUGACGGCGAUUGACGAGAAGAAUGCUGUCGAGGAUUUCCUGAAAGGCUUGAGUGUCUCGCGGAGCUAGUGCAGAAUAGCAGUCGCAGUAGAAGAAUCGCACAUGAGUUUUCCGGGUGCUGAUCAUACAAAGGGAGCUUUGAUACCUAUCCCGUUCCGUUUCUCUUUGUGUCUCUUGUGUCGCUAGCUAUCGUUAC